AUGGCUGCUCGUCCCCGGGCGGCGUCGUAUAUCCUCCGUCUCCUCGCCAGCGCCUUCCCCUUCAUCGUCUUCCUCCUCCCCCGGUCCUGCCACUGCAGCACACUGAGAUCGCUUGUCCAACCGGGGUUCUCCGCUGCCCAGAUCUACUGGAUCGACAGCAAGGGCCUCUUCCUUGUCUCCAACAACUCCGCCUUCGCGUUCGGAUUCAGACCUUUUGACGAAGUCACUUCUUUUAUCCUCGCCAUCGUCCACCAGCCAUCCUCUAGGAUCGUCUGGACCGCCAAUCUGGGCACCCCCGUAUCCAGCACCGACAAAUUUGUGUUCGGCUUAGACGGGAAUGCAAACCUGGAAUACGGUGGCCGGACCAUCUGGUCUACGAACUCCGCCGCCAGGGGUGCCGACGCCAUGGUUCUGCUAGAUUCGGGCAACUUGGUCAUUCGGGCUAAGGACCGCGUAGUGUGGCAAAGCUUCGACCAUCCCACCGACACCCUUCUCUCCAAACAGAUAUUCUCUGCGGGGAUGAGGCUGACGAGCAAGCCCAAUGACCACGGCUUGGUCCAUUACCUCGACUUCGAAGGCGGCGACAUGGUGCUCUGGGCCGACUUUUCUCCGCCGCAGCCUUACUGGAGAAUGAGCAGGGAGCCGCGCCUCACCCAUAACAAUGCCAAACAGGAGUUUACGUCGGCAGUCCUCGUCGGGACAUCGUGGAACAUCUCCGACAGGAAUAAUUCCCUAAUCGGGCAGUUCCUCUGGUCGGGCACGGCGGACAUCGACACCAACUCCACCGGGGCGUUGAUCCUCGACGAGAAAGGCUUCAUCUCGUUAAUCAAUCUUGAAGGAAACGGCGCCGGCGGCAGACUAAUCCCUCUGGACCCCUGCGCUGUGCCGGAGCGCUGUGGUCCGUACUCCAUCUGCGAUAGCGAAACAGUGUGCCGGUGCCCCGCCGUGCUGAACAUCAACCAGAACUGCGAUCCCAACAUCACUUCCUUCUGCGGUGAUGGCUCCCCUGGUCCGUUUGUCCUUGAGAAAGUCGACAACGGCGUGGGAUACUUCGCCACAGAUUUCGUCGCGCCCACAGUUAAUGGAUCUAACAUCAAGAGUUGCACAGUUGCGUGCCAUGGAAACUGCUCCUGCGUCGCUCUCAUCUUCGACAACAGCUCGGGCAACUGCUUUCUAUUCGACCGCAUAGGGAGCCUGAGGCGGCUGCAAGGGGGACCAAACGGGGGAGGCUCCUCCAUGUACAUCAAGAUCUCUCGCGACGGCGCAGGGAAGGGGAAGAACAGAGGAAGCUUGGGCCGUGUAAUCGCCAUCGUGCUCAUCGUCCUGGGGACGGUGGCCGUGAUCGCGGGUCUGCUAUGGACAGCAGUUCGCAUCCAGCGGCGGAAGAAAUCAUCGGAGGCGCCUCUCGACGGCGGCGGCUCCGAUGAGGAGGACAACUACUUGGAAAGCAUCUCUGGGAUGCCCGUACGAUUUACCUACUCGGAUCUCCGGCAGGCAACAGACGACUUCUUGGUGAAGCUCGGGAGCGGCGGCUUUGGAACGGUGUACCUCGGUAAGCUUCGAGAUGGGUCCCGAGUGGCGGUGAAGAAGCUGGAGGGCGUACACCAGGGAACCAAGGAGUUCCGGGCGGAGGUCUCCAUCAUAGGCAGCAUCCACCACAUCCAUCUGGUCAGACUCCGGGGCUUCUGCGCAGAGGGCAGCCACCGCCUCCUGGCCUACGAGUACAUGUCGAACGGAUCCUUGGACAGGUGGAUCUUCCGCAGGGACAAGGAAGGCCAUCAGCUGGACUGGGAGAAGAGGUUCAACAUCGCCCUGGGCACGGCCAAAGGCCUGGCGUACCUGCACGAGGACUGCGAAUCCAAGAUUGUCCACUGCGACAUUAAGCCGGAGAACGUCCUCCUGGACGACAAUUUUGAGGCCAAGGUCUCCGAUUUCGGGCUGGCGAAGAUGAUGACACGGGAGCAGAGCCAUGUGUUCACAACACUGAGGGGCACGAGGGGGUACCUCGCGCCGGAGUGGAUCACGAACUACGCCAUCUCAGAGAAGAGCGACGUGUACAGCUUCGGAAUGGUCCUGCUGGAGAUCAUUGGGGGCAGGAAGAACUUCGACCCGUCGGAGACCUCGGAGAAGGCGCAUUUCCCUUCCUACGCUUUCAAGAUGAUGGAGGAGGGGAAGCUGAGGGAGGUGCUCGACUCGACGCUGCUGUUGAGCGACAAGGACGACAGCGUGGAGACAACUAUCAAGGUGGCACUGUGGUGCAUCCAGGAGGACAUGACGCUCAGACCGUCCAUGGCUAAGGUCGUGCAGAUGCUUGAGGGUCUGACGGACGUUCCUCAGCCCCCGACGUCCUCCCAGAUGGGCUUCCGGCUCUAUGCAAAUCUCAUCAAAACCAUGAGCGAAGAGGGCUCUUCUGCCGCGUCGGGCCCGUCGGACUGGAACAGUGAAGCCUUGCUUUCGGCGGUGCGGCUGUCCGGACCCAGAUAG